AUGUCGGACUCGGACCAGAGCACCGUCGUCUUCGGGCUCCACCUGUGGGAGCUCGUUGGCAUCGGCGUCGGCGCCGCCUUCGUGCUCCUCCUCGUCCUCCUCUCCCUGCUGUGCCUUCUCGCCAACCGCCGUCGUCGCCGUCGCCGCGCCCCCGCCGGCCCCGUCCUCCACCUCGCCACCGUCGCGCCCAGUGCCCAUCCCAAGAACCCCACCAAGCCGCCCAAGGACAUCCAAGAGGUGCCCUCUCGCGGCGCGCAGGCCCCCGUGGGGGGCACCGCGCCCAAGGUGCCGCUCGCUCAGAUUCUCCAGGCGUCCCCGCAAGAGUCCAUCCAGAUCGAGACCGGCAAGGAGCACCGCAUCACGUUCCCGGAGCAGCCGCCGCCCCACCAUCAGCGUAGCGGGGGGCCGUCGUCUCGCGGGGCCAGCGGCGAGAGCCGCGGAGGUGGCCCGGAGCCGGGCGUGCCCGAGGUCUCACACCUCGGGUGGGGCCACUGGUACACUCUCAAGGAGCUCGAGGCAGCGACGGCAAUGUUCGCCGAUGAGAAGGUGAUUGGCGAGGGCGGCUACGGCAUCGUGUACCAUGGCAUUCUCGAGGACGGCACACAGGUCGCCGUCAAGAAUUUGCUGAAUAACAGGGGCCAGGCUGAGAGGGAAUUCAAGGUUGAGGUCGAAGCAAUCGGGCGGGUGCGGCACAAGAACCUCGUGCGGCUGCUUGGAUACUGUGCUGAGGGCAACCAAAGGAUGCUUGUGUACGAGUUUGUCAAUAAUGGAACUUUGGAGCAGUGGAUUCAUGGUGAUGUUGGUCCUGUGAGCCCUCUUACAUGGGACAUAAGAAUGAAGAUUAUUCUUGGAUCAGCAAAAGGUUUAAUGUAUUUGCACGAGGGACUUGAGCCAAAGGUGGUUCACCGUGAUGUCAAGUCAAGCAAUAUCCUACUUGACAAGCAUUGGAACGCUAAGCUUUCUGAUUUUGGGCUAGCAAAGCUUUUGGGCUCAGAGAGGAGUUACGUCACGACCAGGGUUAUGGGGACAUUUGGGUACGUUGCUCCAGAGUAUGCAGGCACUGGCAUGUUGAAUGAAACUAGUGAUGUCUAUAGUUUUGGGAUUCUUAUUAUGGAAAUAAUAUCUGGUAGGGUACCAGUAGAUUACAACAGGCCACCUGGAGAGGUUAAUCUCGUUGAAUGGCUGAAGACAAUGGUGAGCAGCCGAAAUUCAGAGGGGGUUUUGGAUCCCAAGAUGACCGAGAAGCCUACUUCAAGGGCACUGAAAAAGGCUUUGCUAGUGGCUCUGCGAUGUGUAGACCCUGAAGCUCGCAAGAGGCCAAAGAUUGGUCAUGUGAUUCACAUGCUUGAAGUUGAUGAUUUCCCCUACAGAGAUGACCGCCGAGCUGGCAGAGCUCCAGGUCAAGCGAAAUUGGGGGAAACACCUUCGGGUGAACCUGGCGAUAGCAGCGGGAACGACACACCGAAAGGUCAAUCAAAAGCCAUGCUUGACAGUGAAGACAGCUUAGCCUGCCUACUGGCAACCAAUUGCACACUCACUCAGAUUUUCAAAGGAGCACUGUCGGUCUCAGUGAGCAAACGGAACCGUGUAGUGCCUGCACAGAAAAAGGUAGGGUUCAGGUGGCAAUCAUGGACGGAAUCUGAGGUGAAUUAG